AUGACUGUAUUUGUACUGGAGUCAUGGUCUAGGCGGGCAGCCUAUGGCACUGCAAUUCAUCCACCUCGUUCAGAUAAACUAGAGGAGUAUGAUUUUGGGCCAGAAGAUCUUCGGAGCUUAAUUGAAGCUGUUGAUGGAUUCUCUCUUAUGACUUGUGACUUCUCAGGGCCUCAAAAUCCCUGUCCAAAUGCACCUUCGAAUUGGAUUCGCUACACCUUGCAGCUUCUCCAUGACGGCACUGCCAGUGAUCGUAAGAAGCUCGACAAAAAGAUUUUUGUCGGCAUCAUCUUUUGUGGGAAUGAUUUCAUUGUUUCUGGAGGUGGUGGACCUAUCCUUGGAACGGAUUAG